UUGUCUGUAAUAACUUUAUUUUUCGUCUUUCGUUGCAGCUCUGCUAAUGUAAAACAUGGGAGACUGGAACUUCCUGGGGGGGAUCUUGGAGGAGGUGCAUAUCCACUCCACCAUGGUCGGCAAGAUCUGGCUGACCAUCCUCUUCAUAUUCCGGAUGUUGGUGCUCGGCGUCGCCGCGGAGGACGUUUGGAACGACGAGCAGUCGGACUUCAUCUGCAACACCGACCAGCCCGGCUGCCGUAACGUCUGCUACGACCAGGCCUUCCCCAUCUCCCUCAUCCGCUACUGGGUGCUGCAGGUCAUCUUCGUGUCCUCGCCCUCGCUCGUCUACAUGGGUCACGCCAUCUACCAGCUGCGAGCUCUGGAGAAGGAGCGCCACUGCAAGAAGGUGGCCCUCCGCCGGGAGCUGGAGGCGGUGGACGUGGAGCUGGUGGAGAUCCGGCGGAGGAUCGAGAAGGAGAUGAAGCAGCUGGAGCAGGGGAAGCUCAACAAAGCGCCGCUGAGGGGCUCGCUGUUGUGCACUUACCUGGUGCACAUAGUGACUCGCUCGGUGGUGGAGGUCAGCUUCAUGGUGUGUCAGUACGUCCUCUACGGGCAUCGCCUGAACCCGCUGUACAAGUGUGAGAGGGAGCCGUGCCCCAAUGUGGUCGACUGUUUUGUCUCCAGGCCAACGGAGAAAACGGUGUUCAUGGUGUUCAUGCAAAGCAUCGCCUGCAUCUCGCUCUUCCUCAGCCUCCUCGAGAUCAUGCACCUGGGAUACAAGAAGCUAAAGAAGGUCAUCUUGAGCUACUACCCGCACCUGAAGGCCGAUCUCGACGAUUAUUACGUCGACAAGUCAAAGAAGAACUCAGUUGUGCAUCAGGUUAACGUGGGCUCGUCUGUGGCUCGCAAGAACACCAUCCCCGAGGCACCAUGUGGAUACACGUUACUGUUGGAGAAGCAGGGCAACGGACCCACCUACCCUCUUCUUAAUGCGUCCUCCGCUUUCAUCCCGAUAAAAGGGGACCCCGGUGCAAAGCCAGACGGCCACAAGGACGCCAAGGAGGGAGUGCCGAGCCCCACGGAGCGAACCGGCGACACCAGCAGCGAGACUCGCUCCCCUCCUGCUGACAAACAGGAACCAGAGGAGCAGUCCCCGCAUCACAAGGACAUGGUGUGCGCCGGCUCCGAGUACCCCACCCUGCCUGUAGCGGACACCUCCUCCUGCACAACUCUGUCAGGCAUUGUGCGGAAGUCACGGAGGGUCAGUCCACCGUGGAACUGCUCCACUCUGGUGGAGGGGAACGGCUCGGACAGCGGGGACUCCUACCACGGGAACAACAGCGUGAAGCUACGCAGCAGCUGUGUCGGACCCAGAGCCAGGGUGCUCUCUAAAUCGGACAUCAAGAGGCCGAGCAGGUCUCAGAGUCCAGACUCGGCAGGGGAGCUGAGCUCAGUGUCUCGGCACAGCCGGGAAAGCAACAGCCCCACCGCCUCCUCCCCAAACCGCAGAGUGUCUGCGGCGAGCAGCACCAGCAGCAGGAGAGCGCCGACUGAUCUGCAGAUAUAA